AUGACAAAGACAUGUUCAUGCCAGGUGAACAACUUGAAUGAGAAGAUCAAAGUCCCAGAACUGAAGAACUGCCUUCUGGAGCUCUUCUCGAGCUAUGGAGAGGUCAUUGACAUUGUUGCAGCUGGAAGCCUGACAAAGAAGGGUCAGGCCUUUGUCGUCUUUAGGGAUAUCUCGUGCGCGACCAAUGCGCUGCGAGCGCUGAAUGGCUUUGUUUUCUUAGAUAAGCCCAUGAAGAUCAACUACUGCAGGACCAAGUCAGACAUCGUAGCCCAUGAGGAUGGGACUUGGAAGCCUCGCGCGAAGCUUGAGGCGCAGAAGGAAGAAGCUAAGAGGCCAAAGACCACACCAGCUCUUGUGCCGCCCAAGACUGUGGCGCCUAAGAUGGCGGCACAUCCUGCUGGGGGUGAUGCGGCAGACGGUCAAUCCUCCAACGUGCUGUUCGUGGAGAACUUGCCGGCAGAGGUCAACGAGGUCAUGUUGACAAUGCUCUUCAGACAGUAUCCUGGCUUCCAGGAGGCGCGACUGAUCAAGGGUCGCAAUGUGGCCUUCAUCGAGUACGCCGACGAGCUGCAGGCGCGCCGUGGAGGUCACACGAAAGUUCGAAAUGCUGAGAAGCUGAAGACCAAGUACAACUUGGGACCAAUGAACUAUGUCCCCGUGGUGCGAUCUGUUGAAGGGAGUGGCCCUUAUGCGAGUCCAGAUCGCGAGGUGUGCGCAAUGCGCUGGGGAUUAGUACCCUCUUUUGCCAAGCAGGAAGAGGACUUCAAUGCCUUCAAAGGUGGCAGUUCGACGUUCAAUGCUCGGAUUGAAGGCGCCGAGACCCGAAACCUCUGGCGGCGCCUGCUCGACACGCGACGCUGCAUUGUUCUUUUCGAUGGCUUCUACGAAUGGAAGGCACAUGCAGACGGAAAGACGAAGAUACCGAUGUUCAUCCGAAACAAGGAUGAGUAUGAUGGUCACGUCAUUCCAUGGGUGUCCGAUGAGGCCAAUGAAGAUGAGAAAGAGAAGCCUGAUGGACAUGCACCACUCUUGCUCGCUGGUCUUUACGAUACCUGGCAGGACGAUGCUAAAGAGCCCAAAGAUCUGCUGGAAUCAGCUUGGCACCCAGUCAAACUCCUGAAACAGGUGCACGAUCGGAUGCCCGUCUUCCUCACACCAAGGCUUGGAUGUCAUGCCCAAAUGGACACAUCGUUUCGCGUUGAGUGCGGGGUUGGUGGCACGGCUUGGCCGGUGUGUGUGGUGUGUUUUUGGCAGAGGUUGAGGGAAGUUUGUAUUGAAUGUGGUGAAAAAUAA